AAAGAUGGGAAAUGCAAUGGGAGGAGGAUCAAGAAGAAGCAAGAGAACAGCAAAGGUGAUGAAAAUCAACGGCGAAACCUUCAAGAUAAGAACACCAACCACAGCCUUCCAAGUCACCACCCACCAUCCAAAUCACCUCCUCUAUGACUCCCAAUCCAUCACCCAACUCGGCCUCCGAGCCAAGCCUUUGGACCCUCACCACCAGCUCAAACCUAAGACCCUCUACUUCCUCCUCCACCUGCCCCCUCUCCCCGGUAGCCAUCGCCCGUUGUCUCGUGUGCGCUCCGACCUUUGCUCGUCAGCCUCCGACCGCCUCGAGUGUCUUAUGCUCUCUCGUCGAUCAGUCUCCGACCUCCAAUCCUUUCGGUUGGAUCCCGAUGGGAUGUCGACUGCCUGUCGCCCUACUGGACCCGUGCAAAUCAAGCUUCGAGUGCCGAGGGAAGAAUUUGAGAGGCUGAUGAAGGAAAGUAAGAGCAAGGUAGAGGCAGCGGAGAGGAUUGUCGAUUUGUGGAAAACAGGCGGCAUGUGUAGUGGUCAAGCGCGUGAGAAAAGAGUGAGCUUUGUGAAACAAUGAAGAGGAUGGUUCUGCACAAUGGCAAUGCAUUGACCUUUCAUUUUGGCUCUCUCUCUCUCUCUAAUGUAUAGAAUGAGUUCGUGUAUCCUCGUUCUAGGAAUUGAUCGAUAAGAAUAGAAUACGAUUGAUUUGGUCUCAGUUCACGGCUGAUAAUUAUUUGAGAAGCUUGUAAUUAUUAAUUUGGACGGGCUAUAGUUCAUUAGUAUAGUGUGUCUCUAAUAACUGAGUCGUGUUCGAGUGUGAGGAC